AUGCGUACCCCAUCCAUCGCCAUCACCGUUGCCGGUGCCAUCGCCAUCACCCCUUCCGUCCUCGCCAUCCCGCACCAGCAAUCCCUGUACAACGGCUACAACGGCCUCUCCACUCCCGCCGCUGAAUUCUACGACGACUCCAUCCCUGCUCGCGUCACCUCCACCGUCUGGUCUACCCUGACCUCCCUCUUCGGCCAGUCCCACUCCCCCGUCCAGGUCAUCAAGAACGCACCCGGUGUCAAGCUCCUCGACUCUGGCUUCCCUACCGCUGAUAUCGACUCCGUCGCAGCCCCGCGUUUCGUCCUGUACGGAGACCAAGACGUGGCGGAACAGUCGUACGGUGCACCUCCCUAUUGGAACAUCACCGGGUUCAACGUGUUCAACCUGGCAUUCUGGACGGUGAAAUUCGGCGUUGCGGAUAACGCGCAGAAAUUUGCGGCUAAGAGUGAUGCGGAUAAGAAGUGGUUCAAGAGCCGAUAUGCAGGAGCUGGUAUGAAGUUGAUGGUGUCGGUGUUCGGUGCGACGGAUACACCGCAGUCGUUGGGUAAGAAUGCCACCGCUCUGGGAAAGACGAUUGCAGCGUUUGUCAAGAAGAACGGAUUGGAUGGUGUAGACGUCGACUACGAAGAGAUGGACCUGUUCGGUGCGGGAAAGAGUACACCGUGGUUGAUCGAGCUCACCCGAUCUCUGCGAAAGGAACUGCCGAGUCCCGACUACAUCAUCACCCACGCUCCCGUCGCUCCCUGGUUCAACACCCAAAUGUACCCCAACGGCUACACCACCAUCCACCAGCAAGUCGGUGACCUCAUCGACUGGUACAACGUCCAGUUCUACAACCAGGAAAACUACAACACCUGCGACGAACUCAUCUGGAACUCCGGAAACAACUUCCCCCUCACAAGCCUCUUCGAAAUCAACAAGUACUCCGGCGUUCCCUUGGACAAGUUGGUCGUCGGCAAGCCGGCGUGGGAGAACGACGCGGAUGACGGAUUCAUGCGACCGAGCGUAGAGGGCGCCUGCUUGAAGAUCGCCGUCCAGAACGGUUGGAAGGGUGGCGCCAUGUUCUGGGAGUACCCGCACAUGACUCCUCACAGGCUGAGCGUUAUCACCGACGCCGCUGGGUUGAGUUAG